GAAGCAGGCAGCACAAAGGAGGCGGUCUGGCAUUGGGAUUCGAGAUAUUUUGGAGGAGACUGAACCCCCCGGCGUCACCCCCCGGACAAACUCAGCCUCCAGAGAGGGAAAAAAGCACUGCAAGUGGCAGAAAAGUGAUCAACUUUAAUAUUGUUCUCAAGGCUGUUGGUGGGCUCGGGGGGCAGUAAUUUUGGGGAGAGAUCAGCGAAUCCCGGCGUGAUGGAAAACAAUAGCCGUGGCAAUUGUGAGAUCCCUGGAUUCCAGUAUAAUAAUUGUGCUGGAGGGAAGCAGGGCCCUUCACACCGUUCCGCGCUGGUGGCUACGAGUCGGAGACCGCUAGUAAACUCUCUUAGCUUGGAGAGGAGUCAAGCCAACACGAGGGGACCCGCGCACGAAUCGGCAGCACGCUGGCUCCGGCCGCUGCUUGGCAGCAAGGUUUGAAAUGAUACAUUAUCCAAGCGUCGGGUCCAACUGAUUAUUAUUCUGGGCACUUCUCGCAGCGUACGGAGUAUACGCUGUAGAACUGGGACAGGCAAACAUCGCCAACGGACAGCAGCUUUAGCGCAGAGUAUGGAGAAGAAGCAGAAAGCGAAAAGGUUGGCCCGUAAUGUUGGGCCUUGAGCCUCGAACACGGACCAGAUUAGGCCCGGCCUCAUUGGUGUGAAGCCGCUCCACGCUACCCGGAGCCUGGAAACGCCCCGAACGGAUGCCAUGGGGACGGUUCUCUUGCAGAACAAGAAUAUGGCAAUUCACGGUACUGGAUUUUAGGUCUUCUGCUUCUUCUUCUUGUGGUUGCUCCCGUCCCCUCUUCCCCCUUCCUCCGUGCCAAUCUCGGAUGAUCCGUCAUGGACUCCUAGUUUGUGUGGAACAACUCUGUCUCCCUGGGGCCUGCAAAUACUUGUACUGGAAUUAUUUGAGAAAUAACGUUUACCCUUGUAUGUCCGCCGCAGUCCGCGCCCCAAGUGGAUCCUCAAUGCUCUCUCCACUGGCAACCAUGACAUCCUCGGCUACAAACAGGACCCUCUCAAAAGUCACGGACACACACACACACGCCCCCCGUGCGCACUCUAACGAGACAUUCUAGGAAGGUCGUUCAGCUAUCAAAGAUCCAGAGUUUAUGCGAAGACCAAUGACCGUUAUAAGGAUGGCGGGAACGAAUCUGGUGUUCUUAUUAUUAUUCUUCGAAUUUCGAAUAAUACAAUUCACCUGGGAGAAUAAUGCGAGACAGAACCUGAGAGAUCCAUUUACCCGUUUCAUAAAUGAUUAAUAGUUAAUAAAUUUUAUCUGAUAUCCUGGUAAAGCCCGAAGCCGACGUCGUCUCGCAAGAAAAUCCAACCGGAAGCAUUCCAGGACCAAAGGUUGGGUUGGAUGGAUUAUUGGAACCAAAGAACCCAUGUUCAAUCAAACAAAACUACGCUGAAAGGUUAAUCCGGACAAUAUACUUUGUAGUUUGACGCUUGUUGGACUGUUGAUUCUUGAAGUGGGAAGAAUCAUAACCCAGGUCGGCUCAACAACGACUUCCCACAGGCUACAGGUCUAGUGCUUCCGCUUGUAAGUUGUGAGUUGUAAGUUGUAACAAGACAUCAGAGAAGGAUGCAACGAAGGUUGGCCCAUGUGGGUACAAAUGCGACCACCGGCCAUGUCCAAAUUUUAACGCUAUCGGUCGCAGCGCGGAGACCAGGGUGCGCCCGCCAUUGGCCGAUUUGACACCCUAAACGACAUGCGCACUACUGCAUCCUGCGUGUGGAUAAAAAACCAUCGCGCCCUUGUCCAUGGAGCAUAUUAUUGCAUGCAGCUAUCUCAGGGAUGCAACUUCCCUGAGGCGACUCGAACUCAGAAAACGCAUUCACACAAAUGUCUUAUCGAAAAGUACGGAUUAUUCUGACUGGAACCGGUAGCGCAUGAGCUAAAAGGGUCGUUUCUCUUGCAUUGAUGAGGGGAAUGACUGAGGUUACUCCAAAAGGACAUUGUUCCCGUUUGUCCCGAGAUCUCAUCAUACUCAGGAAUUUCCUCCCUCCUGAACAGCUCCUGCAGCGUUACUUUCGGGCCGGCUCCCUUGCUUCAUGCCGCGUCUCCCGCAAGCUUGCUUAGAGCUCCGCAGUUAUAAGCUUCGCGGCAAUUCUGUCCCUCAAGUCCCCGCUUAGUCUACGUCGUCGUUAGCAGAAUUAGUCAAUCCAAAACACAGCUUUAUGAUGAUAAAGCCCCUUGUGAAAGUGACGUGGCUCCAACAUUGACACCCCGACGAAGCAUUCCCCGAUCCAGCUGCAGGUUCGGGGUCUUCCUUUGUCAUAUGCUCAGGAGACACCCCCAUUUAGAUCGUUUUCCGCUCGGUGAGUGCUUGGUCUCUGUCCUUGCCCCGCAUCCGUUCAAGUGGCCACUGGCCAAGUCCCCAGCGAUCGCUCAAAACCCACUAGAAAUGAGCAAUUAUCAAUACGUGGCCAGAAUUGAUUGACUUUUGAAAAUGAUAUUUCAACGUCAAGGCUUAUGCAUGGCCAUCUAACGAGGAUAUGGGGAGGGGGGAGGGGAGGGGUAGGGUAGGGGUAGGGGUUGGGAAGAACGGAGACAAGCUAGAGUCAGACUGCUGCUAGGCUCAGAUGUUGUAAAUAUAUAGGACGGAGGUGACCCUCUCAGGACGGGACGACCCUUUUUAUAUCAUGACCGUUAGCUAUCCGCGGAUAGGGGCGCGAAUUCCCCACUAUUGUUGACGAGACACGGGAUCUACGAGCAUCGAGUUUCCAGCAGAAAGCAUCCGUCCCGAACACUGAACGACCGUUCAGCCUCACCUUUCUAUUUUUAGAGCGUUAUAUGUCCGUCAUGGGUGAUCAUAAUAAUAUGACCCCAUUGGCCAUCGUCGGGCUUUCAGCACGCUACGCGCAGGAAGCGAGUACUCCUGAGAAGUUUUGGGAAUUUUUACUCAGAGGACGUCAAUCAACCACUCCGAUCCCAAAAGACCGAUUCAAUGCGGACGCAUAUUAUCACCCUGAUCUUGAUCAUGGCGGAACAUUUCAUGUCAAGGGUGGCCACUUCUUGUCGGAGAACCCUUUGGGUUUUGAUGCUGGAUUCUUCCGAAUCAGCCAAACAGAAGUCCUGACGAUGGAUCCUCAGCAACGACUUGUGAUGGAAAAUGUGUACCACGCUCUUGAGAAUGCUGGAAUUCCUCUGGAUCAGGCAAUAUCCUCCAAGACUGCUGUUUUUGCCGCUGGGUUCAACCAUGACCACAGGAAUCUUCUAAAUAUGGAUAUUGAAACGUCUUUAAAGCACAAGUCAACUGGUUCAGAGCAGUCCAUCAUUUCAAACCGGGUCAGCUGGUUUUAUGACUUUCACGGACCUAGCGUUACAAUUGAUACCGCAUGCUCCAGCGGUCUUGUUUCCCUUCACUUGGCUGCCCAGAGCUUGAAAUCUGGCGACAGUGAAAUGGCUGUUGUGACUGGUGGAAGUGUCAUUAGCCACGUUGGAGACAUUAUCGCAUUUAGCCAUUCUGGUGUCCUUGGCGCAUCAGGUAAAUGUUUCACUUUCGAUCACAGAGCUGAAGGGUAUGCUCGAGGAGAAGGGGUAGGAACUGUCAUUGUCAAGAGACUAUCGGAUGCCCUCAGAGAUGGAAAUACGAUACGAGCAGUCAUUCGCGGAACCCUCGUAAACCAGGACGGGCGUACACCGGGUAUUUCCCUUCCAAGCGCUCAGGCACAGGAAGCUCUUAUUCGCCAUCUAUAUAGCAACGCGAAAUUAGAUCCCAGGGACACAAUGUUCGUCGAAGCACACGGAACUGGCACGCCGGUGGGAGACCCCAUCGAGACUAGAGCUAUUACUAGCGCAUUUGGUUCGGAACACCGCAAAGAGCCGCUCUAUGUUGGCGCUUUGAAGGCAAGUAUUGGACAUCUUGAAGGCGGUGCGGGCAUUGCGGGUGUCAUCAAGUCGGUUAUGAUUCUGGAAGCUGGCAUCAUCACUCCAAAUGCCAAUUUCGAGAAAGUCAAUCCGAAUAUCCCUAAGGAUGAGUGGAAUCUUGAGUUUCCUACAGAAUGUAUACCUUGGCCCAAAGCAGGAGCGCGUCGCAUAUCCGUGAACUCUUUUGGAUUCGGUGGAACUAAUGCACACUGUAUUUUGGAUGAUGCAUACCAUUUCUUGCAGGAGCAAGGCUUGAACGGAAUCCACAGGACUCGCAUACAGGUGCCAACUAAGCUUGAAAUCAACCAAACUCUUACCUCCCUGAACAAGCUUUACGGGGAACUGCAAGAACUUACCAACGGAAAUAGGGAGCUAACUCAUGGAGAUACUAUCAAUGGCACGAAUGGGGAGAAUGAGAAUGGAAGCAAUGGUAAAAUGCUGAAUGGAGUCAAUGGUAACGCUGUGAAUGGGACCAACGGGGAGCCUGCAAAUGAGACCAACGGGGAGCUUGCAAAUGGGACCAACGGGGAGCCUGCGAAUGAGACCAAUGGAGAGAAUACGGUCGGAACAAAUAAUGAGACCAUGAAUGGGAUCAAUGGAGAAUCUGUGGAUCGGACUAAUGGGGAGCCCGUGAGUGAGAUUAAUGGAGAGAAUACGAUUGGGCCGAAAAAUGAGACCGUGAAUGGGACCAAUGGAGAGGCUGUUAAUGACACGAAUGGGGAGACUGUGAACGGCUCACACGAAGUUCCGAACUCCUUGUCUAGUGGUGAGACAAAAGCUCCCCGACUGUUUAUCUUGUCCGCAUUCGACAAGGAAGGUGUAACGAGAACUGCGACGGAUUUGAGGAAUUACCUUGCAACCAAAACUUCAUUGCUAUCGAAUGAUGCAGCGGAGUUUCUCAGUGACCUAGCAUACACGCUGUCCCAAAGGAGAUCAGAUUUCCGAUGGAAAAGCCAUGUCGUCGCAGACUCGAUUCCAGAGCUUGAAGAAAGUUUAUCCACUGUUAAAGCUCGACCCAAACCCGCGAACACGGAUCGUCCGCCUAGAAUCGGGUUCGUCUUCACUGGCCAGGGUGCCCAGUACUGUAGAAUGGGGAAGCAAUUCAUGAUAUACCCAGUAUUUCGAAAAAGCUUGGAAGAUGCGACGCAAUACAUGAAGGCGGUUGGAAGCCCAUGGUCGCUAAUAGAUGAACUUCUUCGCGAACAGGAGACCUCUAAAAUUCAUAAUCCUGCAAUUGCCCACCCUGCAUCAACCUCUAUCCAAGUUGCUAUUGUGGAACUUCUAGCUUCCUGGAACAUAUAUCCUGCUCGCGUUGUUGGCCACUCCUCAGGCGAAAUUGCUGCUGCGUAUUGCGCUGGUAAAAUAUCUCGGGAGUCCGCAUGGGGAGCCGCCUACUACCGCGGGUUUGUCUCUGCAAAGGAACAAGGUGUCAAUGGAUCUAUGAUUGCUGUUGGCUUAAGUCAGGAAAAGCUGCAGGAAUAUUUGGACAAAGUACAUACAGCUCACAAAGGAGAGUUAGUGGUUGCGUGUUACAAUAGUCCAAGAAACAAUACCGUCUCGGGCGACGAAGUGAUGAUCGACGUACUAAAGGAGUUACUUGAUGCAGAAGAUAUUUUCGCUCGAAAACUGAAAGUCCAAAAUGCCUACCAUUCCUCCCAUAUGCAGAAACUUGCUGAAGACUAUCUGGAACUGAUGGGCUCGCCCCCUGCUGGACAGCUUUUCGAUUCUAAUCAUGAUAUCCAGAUGUUCUCCACAAUUUCAGGAAAGAGGGUCAAAGAUGUUGAACUUACCACUCAGUAUUGGGCCGACAAUAUGGUUUCACCUGUCCGGUUCACGGAUGGCUUGCGUUCUAUGAUCUUCCAUCCCGAUGACAGCGAUCUCGAGUCCGACCAAUUCGACAAAACCUGGAUAGACGAAAUCAUUGAAGUGGGCCCUCACUCCGCAUUGCAGAGCGCGAUUAAGCAGACAAUCGCUGCCACUGCCUCCGCGCCUCCAAUUUCAUAUAUGUCGCUGCUUAAUCGUCAAGACUCUACUCUCCGUACAAUGAUGGAUGCUGUUGGGAGCCUAAACGGCAAGGCAGCCCCAGUCAAUAUCUAUGAAGUCAAUCAUGGCUUCGCAGGACAAGAGGGAAAUAUGCGGACCCCGCAGAUGCUUGUCUGGCUGCCUCCCUACUCCUUCAACCAUGACGAGAGAGGCUACUACGAGAGUAGACUAAGCAAAAAGAUACGUUACCGAGAAUUUCCACGGCAUCAACUCUUCGGUGCGCCCGUCCAGGACUGGAACCGGCAGAAUCGUAAAUGGCGGCAUUUCCUCAGAACUUACGAAAAUCCUUGGCUAAAGGAGCACAUGGUCACUGGGCGUUGUGUCCUUCCCGCAUCUGCAUAUUUGACCAUGGUGACUGAGGCGGUAAGGCAAGUCACAGGUGAUGCAGUCAAACUAACUGGAAUAAGACUAAAAAACGUGUCCAUCAAGUCCGCCCUUGUUGUUCCCGAUACAAGAGAGGGAGUGGAAGUGUCCUUGUCCAUUCACCCCGUGAACGAAUCAAACCAUUGGGAGUCUACCGUUUGGAAAUGGUUCCAGGUAUGCUCAUAUAUCGCAGCUCACGACGAUUGGAUCGAACAUUGUUCUGGAUAUUUUUCCGUCGAGCACAAGACCUCUCCAGACCCUAUCGACAAUGGCCGUGAGAGCGAAGCAGCUACCCAGGCUUGGAAAGAUGAAAUUGAACAGGGUGCACAGAGUUGCCAGAGGCCCCUUGAUAUUGGAAAGCUCUUUGACAAUUUCGAGACGGUCGGCCUGAAAUAUGGUCCCCUUUUUAAGAACCUAUCCAAUAUCACCGCCAACACUCAACAACCGGGAGUCAUAAUGGGCACCGCGACCACUCCGGAAUUGGCAUCCGCAAUGCCAAAGGGUUAUCUUGACUCUCACGUCAUUCACCCUGUCACAUUGGACAGCAUGUUUGUUUCUGGACUUGUCGCGAUCUGUGACCAUGGGCGGCAGACUGUUUUGAAACGGCCGAUGGUACCAACUUUCAUCAAAGAAUCUUGGAUUUCCGCAGACAACAAUGCUCAGGCAGGUGUUAAUUUCCGAUGUCACGGACAAGCCUCACCGGAGGCAUACGAUUCCUACAGUUUUGACAUCAAAUGUUCGGAUGGAGCGGACGAUCAGCCACGGGUCUCCCUCUCAGGAGUUCGCUUCACUCCCUUAUCGGAUGAGGAUGCUUCGCUUAGCGGCACACAACAACACGGCUACGCAAUGGACUGGACGCUUGAUAUCGAUAUGUUGGAAUCACCAGAAUUUCACCAGGCAUUGUCGGUCGAACCGUCGGCGACGUACGAGGAGCAGCAAAACUUAUUCGAAAAGCUUCAGCUUGCAUCUGCGCUGCUGAUUACCGAUGCCCUUGAAGCUCUGAAAGGUACCCCCGUCAAGCCGCCGACAAGUCAUUUGCGAAAGUAUUACGAAUGGAUGCAUCUGAUUGCGGACAAUGUGGCAGCAAAUUCAGUGGUACAUGCCCCGCUUGAGUUAUGCAAAAAGUAUUCUGAGGACCCAAGUCUCAAACAGGAGCUUUACCAGGAAGUCGAAAAACUUAACAAGGACGGAGAACUUAUGGUCCGACUAGGUUUGCAGAUUCCAGAAAUCAUGCGGGACGAAGUUGAUCCGCUGUAUCUCAUGUUUGGCCAAGACGACAUCAUGACCUCUUAUUAUGAGGAGGUUUUGCAUGAAGGCGACGCCACGGAGAACGUGGAUGCGUAUUUAUCUCUCCUCGGCGACAACUACAGCGAUCUUGAGAUCCUCGAAAUAGGUGCCGGAACCGGAAGCUUUGCUCGGCUUCUUUUAGGUAUUCUCGCCCCUCGGUCCGGAAAUGAGAGCACGGAUAGCACCAAUACAGUCGCCCAGUACACCUUCACAGAUAUUUCACCUAGCUUCUUUUCUAAAGCAAAAGAGAAUCUAAGCGAAUGGGCAGACCUUCUUACAUUUGAGAAGUUGGAUAUCGAACGUGACCCAACAACCCAAGGCUUCAGUGCCAAAAAAUACGACAUGGUCAUCGCGCACAACGUCCUGCAUGCUACACCGGACUUAGGAAAGUCUCUCGAAAAUACUCAACGUUUGUUAAAGCCUGGUGGCAAGCUUGUGGUCCAUGAAGUGGUCAGACCAGAUAUUGUCUGGCCGUCACUUAUAUUCGGUCUUCUAUCUGGCUGGUGGCUGUCUAAUGAACCUAAUCGCGAGUGGUGCCCUCUCAUCACGCUUCCGGAAUGGGACGCUCUUCUUCGUCAGAGGGGGUUCUCGGGGGUUGAAAUUGAAAUUCCCAAUUCGCGAUAUCCUGAGUUUGUAAAGCUCAGCACAAUGAUUUCAUCCGCUGUCCCAGAUUCCCCAGACAGUGGCCGUACCGCAACCGAUGUCGUGAUCCUUGCCCCUGCCUCUAGAGUUGAGCACGAUUUCAUUCACAAAUUACAAGCCGAACUUGCGCAAAAUGCUGGGGUUACAAACUGUACUGUCAUGCAACUACAUGAAUUCAUUGGAAAGGAUAGAGCGAACGUUAUCUGCAUCUCUCUUUUAGAACUUGAAACUCCCGUUUUGCUUGACAUUUCCGAGGAGGACUUCAAGAAUCUCCAGCAAUACUUUUCAACAUGCAAAAGAUUGUUGUGGAUAACAGGUGAUCCGGCCGCACAGCCGGCGUUCAACAUGAGCACCGGCAUGGUUCGCACGCUUCGAUGGGAACGCGAUGCGGAGAGCCCAAAUUUUGUUACCCUGGCACUUGGUACUUCCAGUUCUUCUCCCACUAGAUCAACCAUCGAUUUAGUAUCGAAGAUAUUCCGUUAUCAAUUCACCAGUGGGCAGAUGAAACACCAGAACGCUGAGUACCUUCUGCGGGAUGGGUUGAUUUACAUUAACCACAUCCUUGAUCAUCCCUCGGCAACCAGUUUCUUGCGUUCGCAAUUCUCAACACUCAGUCCAGAAUUGGUUCCGUGGAAGGACACCGGACGUCCAGUUAAGCUCCAGAACAGCACACGAGGAGUACUCAACAAGCUGCAAUGGGUGACUGACGCUGCUUCCGCUUUGCCGCUAGGAGAUUCAGACAUUGAGGUUGAUAUUUGUGCUGUCGGGCUCAAUUUCGUGGACCUUCUAAGUAUUAUGGGUGAGGGGGUGGGAGAUGUCGUCGGGAGAGAAGCGGCUGGGGUCGUGACCAGGGUUGGGUCAGGUGUCAGGCAUUUGCAGGCCGGCGAUCGUGUAGUCUAUCUCACCGACUCGCCCAAGAAGGGGACUUUCCACAGCCACGGCCGGGUCAACGAAUCGCUAGCUAUCAGAAUACCGAACAAUAUGAGUUUCGAAUUUGCUGCAGGGCUCCCAGUUAUCUACGCUACUGUCAUCUACAGCUUGACAAAUGUCGGCAGACUAGUUGCUGGUGAAAAGAUUCUCAUUCACUCUGCCGCCGGUGGCGUUGGGCAAGCCGCCAUUCAGUACGCCCAAGAAAUUGGAGCUGAGAUCUUUGCAACUGUCUCAAGCGUUGAAAAGAUGGAAUUCCUCAAGAAGGAGUAUGGCAUCCUUGAGGAUCACAUAUUCUCAAGCCGAGACACCAGCUUUGUUCAGGGGAUUAUGAGAAUGACUAAAAAUUCCGGCGUUGAUUUGGUUCUCAACUCAUUGUCCCAAGAAGCUCUGCGGAAGUCCUUUGAAUGCGUUGCGCCAUUUGGUCGUUUUAUCGAGAUUGGGAAGAAAGACCUGCAGGCUGGCGGCAAACUAGACAUGACUCCCUUCCUUCAAAAUAUCUCAUUUACUGGAGUAGAUUUACUUACUCUCGCUGAGUCCAGACCAAAAAUUGUGGGAGAGCUUCUCAAUACGACCAUACGCCUGUGGGAAGAGAAUAAGAUCAAGGGAGCCCAUCCACUAACGACCCUGGGCUACUCUGAACUUGAAGAUGGUCUUCGCAUGUUACAGUCCGGCAAGAACAUUGGUAAAAUAGUGUUCGCACCUAACGAAAAGGAUAUUGUUCCCGUUAUCCCCGAGGUCAAUAUCCCGUACACAUUUGAGGCCAAUGCGUCUUAUGUACUCGCUGGAGGUCUUGGAGGACUUGGAAGGAGUCUGGCACGGUGGAUGGUGAGCCGUGGCGCAAGGCAUUUGGUAUUCCUGUCACGUUCAGGAAAAAUCACGCAACCAGUCCAAGAGAUGGUUGCCGAGUUGGAAGGGAAAGGAUGCGAAAUUCGAAUCUUCACCUGCGACGUGUCUGACGCAUCUCGGCUACAAGCAGUUGUUGAAGAGUGCCAGCAGACACUUCCUCCAAUUAAAGGAUGUAUUCAGGGUUCGAUGGUCUUGAGGGAUUCACUCUUUGAAAACCUGACGUAUGCGGAUUGGACGGCGACAAUCAAACCCAAAGCUCAAGGCUCACAAAAUCUCCACGAUGUCUUGCCCAAAGACCUUGACUUCUUCGUCAUGCUCUCCUCGCUGGCUGGAGUUAUGGGAGGCCGCAGCCAGGCAAACUAUGCCGCAGGUAACACAUAUCAGGACGCGCUUGCCAAACAUCGCGUGGCAAACGGACUGCGAGCCGCAAGUUUCGACAUCGGCGGCGUGCUAUCCGUUGGUUUCGUUGCCGAAAACCAAAACUAUGCUCGAAAUGCCACAAAGGCCAUGAUACCGUUUCGGGAAGACGAGGUCCAUGCAGUCGUGGAAUAUCUAGUCGACCCACGACACGAAAAGACCCAGAGCACUUGCCAGGUACUCUUCGGCCUGGCGACGAAGAAGUCUUCUCAAGAGCGUGGAGUGCCCCCUCCCGAAUGUUUCAACUACCCCUUAUUCACCUUGUUGCAGAAGACCAGUGGUUCCCAGCAGCAAGGGUCUGAAGAGACGGAUACCUACUGUGUCGACGCUCUACUCGGAGCCGCUAGGAGCAGAGAGGAGGCAGCUGAAAUAGCGCUGAACGGCAUACUGAACAAGCUGUCGGUGCUUCUAAACGUCUCUAGUGACCAAAUCGACCCGGGCAAAUCGACCCGUUCGAAUGGAGUUGAUUCCCUGAUUGCGAUUGAAUUCCGGACGUGGCUAGCGAAAGAGGCGGGGACAGAGUUAUCGCUCAUCGAUGUUACGGUUGGCGGCAGUAUCAAUGAGCUGAGCCAGAAGGUCGCAUCUCUAAGCCGGUUCGUCCAGGGCAAUAUCUCUGAUUCAAAGUAAGUGCUAUAGGGCAUGCUGCUUGGGCGGGGUUUGGGUCUUUACUAUUUGAUGAUUAAUGAUGUUAUGAUGAUUUAUAUUUUGUUCACCCUGCUCAUAUGAGCCCAGAAUGUUUUCUCUAUAAGUUAAUUUCACACUUUCUUCUUUACACUCUCUCUUUACACUCUAUUCCCAGCGACAACCUGAAUAUAACACUGUUUGAGUCAGUUCCCCGCUCGUACACUGUACAUACAUGACAAGACAACCUCAUCCGCAAUUUCGAUUUAUUUUGGAUUUAUUUGGAUUUUCUCUUUUUACCCUCCGAAAUACAAUUAUUCCACGCCAAUAUUAUUAAAAUUUCUGUGAACAGGGACGUCCGUCUUUUUC